CUCGGAGCGUACCUCUGGCCCGAGGCCUACCUUCUUCAGGUGACUCCGGUCGCAGCCCAUUGCCCGCCGGCAAAGUUCAGUUGCAGCCCCUGACGCGUCCGAGGAUCCCUCCGGGGCGGCAGCGGCAAGUCCAUGGAGAAGGGCCCGGGGCGGGUGCAGGCGAAGCCGCGGGACGCCCGGUGCAGCAAUGGGUUCCCCGAGGGGGAGCCGCCGCGGCCCAGGCCCAGCACGCCCACCGAGAAGCCGCCGCGGCCGGAGAGCAAGAGCGUCCAGCCGGCGGACGGCUGGAAGGGCGAGCGGCCCCGCAGCGAGGAGGACAACGAGCUGAACCUCCCCAACCUGGCGGCCGCCUACUCGUCCAUCCUGCGCUCGCUGGGCGAGGACCCCCAGCGGCAGGGGCUGCUCAAGACGCCCUGGAGGGCGGCCACGGCCAUGCAGUUCUUCACCAAGGGCUACCAGGAGACCAUCUCAGAUGUCCUAAACGAUGCUAUAUUUGAUGAAGAUCAUGAUGAGAUGGUGAUUGUGAAGGACAUAGACAUGUUUUCCAUGUGUGAACAUCAUCUAGUUCCAUUUGUUGGAAAGGUCCAUAUCGGUUAUCUUCCUAACAAGCAAGUUCUUGGCCUCAGCAAACUUGCUAGGAUUGUAGAAAUCUAUAGUAGAAGAUUACAAGUUCAAGAGCGCCUUACGAAACAAAUUGCUGUAGCAAUCACAGAGGCCUUGCGACCUGCUGGAGUGGGGGUAGUGGUUGAAGCGACACACAUGUGUAUGGUAAUGCGAGGGGUACAGAAAAUGAACAGCAGAACCGUGACCAGCACGAUGCUGGGGGUGUUCCGCGAGGACCCGAAGACCCGGGAAGAGUUUCUGACUCUCAUUAAGAGCUGAACCUCAGCGUGUGCCACAUGGUUUACAGAUUGUGCAGCUAGUAGCAUCAUUUGGUCUUAAUUGUUUGUACAUUCCAUUUCCAGUUGUUGCUUAUUCCUUGUCACUAAUUGUAUUUAAUAAUUAUUUAAAGCAAGUCAAGUAAAGAUAAUUAAUAAAGGGGUAAUUAAUCUACUUUCUUCUUGCCACCUUUUAGUGGCAACAUUCAAGCAAACUGCCAAUAGUGUAAGUUACUUGCAUAAAACCACUGCCUUUCAGGUAACCUGAGGGUGCUGGGAAGGGAGAAGAAUUCAUGUGUUUUGUUCAGAGUAUGGUAAUUUGAUUCAGAAGCACAGGAGUGUUGGGAAUGGGAGAAAACUAUGACCAAUAUAUUUAUUUUAUCCUCCCCAAGCAAAAAUGGCAUAGUGCUUAAAAUAAUUUAUGUACAGUGUGCAGCAUUGCUCUGCAAAUUCAAAGUCCAACA